AUGAGGACAAUUGCUUGGAACUGUCAAGGGGUGGGAGCUAAGCUGACUCGUCGCCGACUGCGUGAGUUAUGUAGAAUAUACUCACCAGGUUUUCUUUUUUUAUCUGAAACCAAGAAUGAUAAUUUCUAUCUGCAAGAUGUGCAAGUGGAAUUAGGAUUUGACAAUCUUCGAACCGUUGAGCCGGAUGGCUCUAGUGGUGGUUUAGCUUUAUUAUAUUCAAAUGAUUUCCCGGUUAAGUUUUUGUUGUUAGAUGACCGGUUAAUCGAUAUCGAAACUAUUAUUAAUGGAACUCGGGUCUUUAUGACAUUUAUUUAUGGUGAUCCUGUCCCUGCAAACCGUGAUUAUGUAUGGGAAAGACUAAUGCGCAUUGGAGUUGCUAGAUGCGAGCCCUGGUUUAUUAUUGGGGAUUUCAACGAAAUAACAGGGAAUCAUGAAAAAAGAGGAGGAAAAAAAAGAUCGGAGUCCUCAUUUCUACCUUUCCGUGUUAUGAUUGAUUCAUGUGGCCUAAUCGAUUUUUCCUAUCAAGGAAAUCAGUUUUCAUGGAUUGGUCAACGGUCAAAUGGUAAGAUCCGUUGCCGAUUGGAUAGAGCCAUGGGAAAUGAAGAAUGGCACAAUAUCUUUUCCCACACUAAUGUGGAGUAUUUGAAGAUGUGGGGUUCGGACCAUCGUCCACUCCUCGCAUCUAUUCUUUCACGGCCAAAGAAGUUUGUGAGAAGGUUUAUGUUUGACAAGCGAUGGAUUGACAAGCCAGGCCUUAAAGAGGCAGUGGUAGAUGGAUGA